UCGUGUUAUCAGAAGUAUAGCUGAUAUUAAUACAGUUAGCCAGUGAUCAGUCAGGAAGGUAGGCAGCCUUUACAUUACUGGAGACUAGUGACCUGUGACACGACUACCUUCCGCUCCAUUCAAAAUCACUCAUCAUUAUUAUGUGUGGUAGAGGCAAAGAGGGAAUACAGCUUUGAGGACACAUGGCAGGAAAAGUGAAUUAUUAACUAUAACAACCGACAUUUGGAACUUACAACACAAUACGAUAAGCAAUUAUGGAGUAAUAAGUAACUGGAUAUAUUUAUUUAGUUGAAGAUAUGGUUAACGUGAUAUAUAAUGUGUAUUAUUCCCACAGAUUGUAACUGUACAGGUAAAACAACAUGGAGGCUCUACAGCCUACAAUUGCUGUAGGAGCACAGGUUAAAGCAGACCAGGGAACUUAUAACCAUGAUAUAAACACUAACUCUAACACUCUAGAAGCCAACAAUAAUAUGAUAAAUGACAACAGUCUUAAUACAAGCCUAGGAAGUAUGGUGGCUGAACUUGCUGAACAGAACAAUUCUGAACCAAAACACAGCACAGAAGUUCGGAAUAAUCUCAACAAAAGUCCAGUUUCGCCUGGAGAUCAGUAUUCUGAUGGAUAUAAAUUUUUUAAAUCAAGUGAGUGGAAAAAAAAUAUGAGGUACUUAUUUGGUCGGGAAGAAGACCCUUAUAAUGAUAAAACACAGGAUUAUAAUGAAUAUGAGCCUCCCCUUGUGCCUUUAGAGAGCUCUCCCGCUGAAGAAACUGAUUGGAAUAGGUUCUUAUUUGGAAACCCUACUUCCAGGCGAUCAUUCCAUGUUAAAAAGAAAACUAGGCGUACCCCAAGCUUAGGAGUAGAUGGAUUAUCUGACAGGUAUGGACUAUUUGAUGAUGGGUUGUCUAUAGAUACUAGUACAUCAACAAGUUCCGAGAGGGACGCACAAAUGCUUUCUCCUAGUAGUCAAACUAGCGAUCGCUCAUCAGAUAGUAGGAAAUCUUCUCAUAAAAGACAUUCUCAUAGCUCUAAAAGCUCUACAAGUUCAGAGAGUGCAGGUGAACCAUAUAUGUAUGGGGAGAAUUUUACGACACGCAGCUCUACCCCAAGUAGUAUUAGCUCAGAUGGUUCAGGGGCCCAAGUGUUUAACAGGAAUAGCAAUGCUAGAGUGACUGUAAAGCGUAGACCCAAGAGCCCUAAGGUUCCAGCUAAUGGUGAUAUGAGUGCUUUUUUAUAUGGUACCACUUCUCAUAGUCCACGUAAUGAAAGUAGUAAUCCCCCUAGUGACAGGUCAGACUACUCGAGCAGCAGGUCUGGGUGGUCAAGUUCCAGAUCUGAGCCAUUGAGUCCUAGAUCCCCUGGACCUGUAAGCCCAGUGGAUGAACUAGGUGAAAGAUUAACUGAACUGAGGAAAUCUAUGAAAAAUCGACCCCAAAGCAGUAGUCAUAUCCCGGGUCCCCGUGGUGUAAAAAGCGGUAGCGAGCAACUUACAAGCCCUAAGAGUCCAGUCACAGAAGACAAUGUCUUUUCUUCACCCAACUUACCUCAAGCCUCCACUGCACGUAGGGGCAGUAGUAUUAGUAUAAGCAGUACCUCUAGCUUCAAUAGAAACACACCUCUCAGAAAAUCACUUCCAAAUCGACGACCCAAAACUCCCACCAUAGUUGUUGAAGAUACUAAUAAAGCCAUACAGGAUAAAAAUAAGACUGUUGGUAGUAAUGAUGGUAAUGUAAAUGAGAAUGUAGACAAUAAGACUGGUGAUGUUGGUGAGAGAGGCACCACAGCCAGAAGGUCAUUCCGGGGUCGGCCUAAAACAGGUAGUAAGAUACCUGGACCCCCAACAGCAGAUCUGGACAAAUAUUUAUAUGGUGAGGGUGGGAGCCCUUUGGAGAGCUUGCAGAAAAACUCAGGAAAUAGACGUUCUUUGAGAGGUCGGAGCAGAUCUCAGGUUAACUCACCGCGUGGUAUGCGGUGUGCCAGUCCGGCAUUGUCCGAUGCCACUGACAAUGAGAGCCUGAUGAACUUUGAGCUGUACGAAGAUGAAAUCAAUAUUAGUAGUAGUACCAUAGUUGACUCUAACGAUGAACGUUCUCCUCAUGAACGUUCUGAUUACUCAGAUAAUUCUCCGCAUCACUCUGAUGCAUCGGUCAAGAAACACAGGAAUACCUCCAAGACACACAGCUCUUCAAACAGCCCUAUUGCAGUACAGAAUUCAGCUCGAGAAAGCCCAAAUUGUAAGUACAAGCCUAUUCAAUCCCUUUUAGUUUUUGUUAAACCAACAUGAGAGUACCAGCACACUACAUUUUAUGUGCAGUUGUAAGUAAAAAAGGUAUAGAAAUAAAUACUUCAAAUAUUAAAUAGGAUAAGAGAGCCAAAAACAGCUGUAUUGAAGAUCAUAUAAUCAUAAAAUACUCAACAAAUUAAUAGCUGUGGUUGACAUUUCUCACUAAUGUUAGCAGUAAUAAAUCUCAAAAGUCCACACACAUGUAGAUAGAGCACAAAAGUUAUGUUAGUGAUUAAGAGACCAAACAAAUGGUUAGGUAAUGGUAUUAUACAUCUCUGAUAUCAAGCAUUUAUUAUCUGGCUUUGAAUAGUGCUAAUUCUAAAUCAUAACCAUUUGGCACAUAUUUCCCCUUC